AGCAGAGGCAGACCAGAACUGCAGUCCUCUUGUUCUUUUUCUGUCGAUGAUUUGAUGAAAUAUAUGGAAGUUUCCAGUCUAUGAUGCUGAAUGUGCUGCGGCCCUCUGGCAAAGACAACAGACUGAUUCAGUGCAACAUUUAGAGUCUGAAAAUGAAUUGUGCAAGAGUUCUGCACGCCUUAGGAAGUCACUCCCAGCCAGCCGUGAUGCCAGUUGACAUCGCCAUGUGUCUGAGCCUCAGCCAGCGUCAACCUCUUUAUGAACUGCUGUCCAUGUCUCCUCUGAAACCCACACAGCGUCGUUAUCAGCCAACCAACUGCCCGCCGAGGACCAGCCUUCACCCUCCGCAUCCCUCCUCCUCUUCCCCCUUCUCUUCAUCCACACUGCCGCCCUCCUCACCCCUGCCAUCGGAGCCUCGGAGCUGCUUCCGCAGGGACAGCGCCGGUCUGAACAAGAAGCGUGUAGUCUUUGCAGAUGCCAAGGGAUUGGCUCUCACCGCCGUGCGGCUAUUUAUUCCUGAGCCCUCUUCCCCUGCUUCUACUCUGAUGAUGAAACCCUCUUUGGCCAAACUGCAAGGCCAACAGCCAACCUCAAACAAACUGCAGCGCUACAAGUUGCGGCUGGCUUUCCCUCAGCCAACGCUGGACGUUAAAGUCUUCCUCGCACGUCUGCGAGAGAUGCAUGUGCAGCUGGAGAGCUGCAACAUUUCAGAGCACUCCUUGAGCGGCACAGUGCGUGUCUCCCACGUAGGAACUGACAAGGCUGUGCAUGUUCGGGUGACCUUUGACUCUUGGAGGAGUCAACAUGACAUUCCCUGCACGUUCCUGCAGCAGCAUCGCUUUGGGGGUUCUGACAUGGAUGUUUUUACCUUUGACUUAAGUUUACCAAAGAACAUAGAUCCAAAGGAGCGAGUGGAGUUUUGCGUGUCCUUCAGGCCUGGACCUGGAGCAGUGCCACACUGGGACAACAACAGAGGGCAGAAUUACAGGGUGUGUGUGGAAACAGAUGGAUCAAAUGGUUACCAAGCCGAUGCUUACUGUUGGUACCCCACACUCUCACAACAUCGGCCGCCAUCGUGGCCUUCGCAUGUGUCCCUCAGUAUGCAGAACUCUGCUGAUGUGCAGCAUCUUCAGAGGAGUUUAUCAAACAGAGUCAGAGCAGAGUGUAAAACUCUCUGCUCGACGAAGAAGAACAGUGACAUUGGCCCACACCCUCUCAAACGAGCUGUGCAUAUGUAAAUAAUGUCUAAAUUAAGUAAUAUUUAUUAGAAAGUAAAGGCUUUUAGGAAUGUAAGGACUCUCUGAGAUCUCCAGUGUUGGAUGGUCCAAAGCCCACUGUUCAAAAACAGCUUACCCACCUGAGCUUAGCUACCCUGCUGAAAUGUGAAUAAUACAUGCUGCAUUAAUGUUCUCAUUAAAUCCAUGUUUUUAAAA